CAGUAGGACAUUCCAGUCUCUGGCUCUGCUCAUCGUUUGUCUCAUCAAAUUAUCUGAAAUUUUAUAAAAAGAUGGUUUGGUUUGGUAUGGUGGGCGGGAAAUGGAAUGAACCAAAAUGUGUGUUUGUUGUCUCACCUUGAGACAUUUGUGUGUGUGGACAAGAUCUGAUUGGAGAAAAGGAGGAGAUAAAGAACAUUCAAGACAUUUGAGCAAAGCAACUUUCUCCACAAGACUUAUUGAAUCCAAAAGAGAAGCUUGGGAAUGAUAUGAUGCUCAACAAGAUUGAAUGUCUCACAGGUUCAGUGUUGAUUCUUUGUAGAAGAGAUCAACCCUUUUUGAGAUUGCGUUUGGAGUUUUUGUAAUAAGAUAGCAAUGACUGGGAACGAACUUGGGAAGGCAAAGCACUUGAUGGAACAAGGUGGUGAGAGUUCGAGAAAGCUAGGUUAUGUGAGUCAGGACAGAAUCAGUGAGUUGCCUGAAGCUUUGCUGCUGCAUAUACUGUCUUUGAUUCCAACAAAGAAUGUGAUAGCCACAAGUGCUUUGUCUAAACGAUGGCGUUCUCUUUGGAAAAUGGUAUCAAGGCUCGAGUUUGAAUCUUAUGGAAACAUAUAUAAAUAUUCAGAAAAUGUUACCAAGUCUUUGCUUUCACAUAAAGCUCCAAUUCUGGAGAGUUUGCACCUGGCACUGACAUCUGAUCAUAUCGAUGGUGUAUAUGUUGGAGUAUUGGCUACUGUUGCAUUUGCACGCAAUGUCCGUGAGUUUGUACUCGAUCUCCGUGUUUACCAUGGACCCCCAGUCAGACUUCCAAUUAGCUUGUUUUGCUUUGAUACGCUUGAGACCUUAAAACUCAAGAAUCAAGUUCUUUUGGAUGUUCAUUCUCCGGUUUCUAUGAAGUCCCUUAGAACUCUUCACCUUCAAGGUGUAGUGUACAAAGGUGAUGAAUCUGUUCGUAACCUUUUUGCUAGCUGCCCUUAUCUUGAACAUUUGGUUGUGCAUCGAGGUCCGUUUAGUGAUAAUGUAGUCGAUUUUACCAUUGAGGCGCCAUCUUUGAAGACUUUUUCGCUUAAUGAUUCCUCAAGUGCGGGAGAGAAUAGGAGAUAUGUGAUAAAGGCUCCUUCUUUGAAAUACUUGGAAAUUGUAAGUUUAAUAUGUCAUGAGUUUAUUCUGAUAGAGAAUGCAUCCGAGCUAGUUGAGGCCACUAUUAGAAACGUUGAGCAGAUAGGCAAUGAGAAUAUUUUGGGAUAUGUCAAGUCAGUCAAACGUCUUUCCUUGGACUUUUUAGCUUUGCAGAUUACAUGUCCCACUGAAGUUAUCUACUCUCAGCUGGUAUAUCUAGAAAUGUAUACGCAUAAACUGGAGUGGUGGACUCUACUUACGCUCAUGCUUGAUAGCUCUCCUAAACUACAAGUCCUCAAGCUCAUUGAUCAUUGUCUUCAUCAGCGUAGUUUGGAAUUCAAAAAACAAUAUAAGGAGCAAGGGACAUGGAAUCAACCAAAGGAUGUCCCUGAAUGUUUGCUGUCCCAUCUGGAGACAUUUGUGUGGAGAAAUUGCAAUUGGGGAAGAGAGGAAGAGAAAGAAGUGGCUACAUACAUUCUAAGGAACGCAAGUCAGCUGAAGAAAGCAACUUUCUCCACGGAUCCCAUUGAACCGAAAAGGCUCUAUAAGUUGGCAACAAGAAAAAGGAUGCGCAACGAGUUGGAUGAUGUGGUCAGGGCUUCCAGUUCAUGUCACCUUGUGUUUGAAUUCGAAUGAUCUUUUUAUGUGUUAGACUCAUUCUCAUCGCAUAGAGCUUUUACUACAUUUUGGUGGUUUAACUUGUUUAGAGGGAUUUACAAACAGUUUAGUUUUAUUUUGUCAGAAGUCAAGGAAAAACAUGAGUAUUAUUUUUUGGGUGUUAAACUUUAUUAAAAAAGUCGAGAAGAGUCGCUCUAGAAGAAACACUCUUUGGUUUUUAAUCA